GCUCGAAAUAAGGUAAAUCCAAACCAUUCAGAAGAAGCACGCAAUGCUUAUGAUGAUGUCUAUAAUGCAUUGGAGACCUUAUAUAAUGCAGAUUUAACAAAAUUUGAUGAUAACGACCCAUUAACAAUAGAAGUUAUUGAUAUCUCUUCUAAUUGGGCUCAUUCUUACCUUAAAAAUAACACAAUUGAUUUUCUUAAGAUAAAUAAAUUUUAUCUAUUAGCAAAGAUCUUAAAUGAGAAUGUUAUUUUUAGAACUACUAUUUGGAAUUUAAAUAUAAUUUGGUCCAAAGAUCAAUUUGAGAGAAUUUAUGUAUCACAAGUUGUGGAACCACUCAUUUCUAUUGCACUAGAAAACUUACCAAUAGACAUUAAUUGUGAAUUAAAUCGCGCUAGUAAAAAUUAUAAAUCAUCAAAUUCCUCAAAUUCUACAGUUGAGGAUCAUCCAGAUAUAAU